UCACGGAAGGACUCGAUCUCACCGCACAACAUUGGAGCUCAAGCACGAUCUGCGGUCCUUCAGAUCGCUGCCGCCAACACACCGCUAUUUAUGACCGCCUUGACCAUAGACAUACUGCAGCCACGCAGCAUGCAGCACCGCAGAUCUUUCAUGCAGUUGGUCAUCCUCCUCAUACACGAGGCAGAUGGCGCUGAGCGUUCACAGAAUCCGAUGGUGCUGUACAGCAAUUUGCCUCGCUUGAUGGAUGCUAUCGUGAAAUCGCUGGAUCCCAAUUCUACCGCCGACCGAGACGCAGUUCCGGAUUCUGCCACUGACAUUCUCAGACACGUUGUGCAAAUCUUUCCUACCGUCAGCUUUCAUUCCCCCCACGCAACGCCCCGCAGUGGGGACCAGGCUACCAGCGAAGGCGCCGUGGUAAUGUGUGCUCUGAAGACUGCCACUCGCUUCUACGUGCUAGAAGGCCACAAGAAACGAGCAACAGCGUGCAGCUUCUCGCCG